AUGGCCUCAUUCCCUGCGUCCUUCAUCGGGUCAGCGUCAAGCGCAAGGUCUAGUGUAAGAGAUGCAAUUCAGUCUUAUCGACGCGCUCAAUACCUUGUAGCAGGCUCUACAGUCGCCUCGGCUUCCGAGACGUCCGACGUCGAGGAAGACGACGAGGAAUGCCAAUUUGAUUCACGCCGACGAUUCGCCACCGGCGAAGACGAGGAUUACGACUCUGCAGACGAGAAUGAUCUAACGGACUUAACGUCACCUGCCCGGGACCGUGACGACUCCUUCAUCGGACAGCUGGACUGGGACGAGGAUUAUGAUUCUCCUCGACAGUCAGUUCGGAGGGAGCAGGCUGCUCGCGCUGCGAGAGGAGGGCGUUCGCACGAAGCCCGGAGUCCAUUAGGCAUCCAUGUCUCUUCGCCAACCCAUCGUGAGGACACUCCACUAUUGACCAAGAAACCCUCCAAGAUAUCUUUCGCGCCAUCCUCUCACCCUCAGCAUAUACAUGGAGGACCACCCGCUACCAAGGACACGUUAAUUGUCCCAAGCAUGCCAUCCUACAAUGCAACCCUCGCACCUCCUCCACCUUUGUCUCGCCGCCUUUCCUCCAGCUCCGCAUUAAGUGCAAAAAGCGGGCGGUACCACUUCGGUGGAAGGAGUACCUUUGGACAGACGCUGUUCAAUUCUAUUGCCAUCUUGCUUGGCAUUGGCAUGCUCUCAGAACCACUCGCGUUUGCAUACGCUGGAUGGGCUAUGGGCACACUCUUGAUCAUUUCCUAUGGGUUUAUUGCUUGUUAUACCGCGAAGAUUCUUGCGCAUGUAAUCUGGUCAGAUCCUCGCAUACGCUCCUAUUCAGAUAUCGGACGCAAGGCAUUUGGACCGAAGGCGACACCAGUAAUCUCAGUGAUGUUUUGUUUGGAACUGUUCGCUGUCAGCGUGAUUUUGGUCACCUUGUACGGAGACUCCUUGCACACUUUACUUCCUGAGCAUUCAUCAAAUGCUUAUAAGGUCUGGGGAGCGUUGAUACUCAUCCCGACGGUCUUCCUUCCUCUUUCGCUUUUGUCAUACACCUCGGUUCUGGGAAUCAUCUCGACUAUCCUCAUGGUUGUUGUCAUCUUUAUCGAUGGCCUAUCCAAGACAGAUGCUCCUGGAAGCUUGUGGGUUGGUGCUGAGACAGAUGUUGGGGUCAAGAGUUUUACACAUCUUGGAAUCGCCUUUGGUCUAUUCAUGGCUGGGUUUUCUGGACAUGCGGUCAUUCCAUCUCUUGCCAGAGACAUGAUGGAUCCUACUCAGUUCGACAGGAUGAUUAACCGAGCAUUUGUUGUUGCAACUUGCAUAUACACUGUUAUUGGAUAUGCUGGCUAUCGCAUGUUCGGUAACAGCGUCAGCGACGAAAUCAGCGUAGACCUUCUGCAAACUCCUGGCUACAACCCAGCUCUCAAUCACCUCUGCCUCUGGUUGCUUGUCCUCAGCCCUUUGUCCAAAUUCGCUCUCAAUACUCAACCUCUCAAUGCAACAAUCGAGAUCUUGCUCGGCAUUGAUACUCCCAUAUCCUCACCGGAGGACCUUGCUGAUAAGCCCGACGGUUUAUCAGUCGCACCGAAGGGGUCAAAUUUCGGGAACUGGAAACGGUUCUUAGGCGUCUUGCAGCGUGUUUGCCUGACAAGUCUCGCUGUCGCCGUUUCCAUCUGGGUCCCGGAAUUCAGCUCCAUGAUGGCCUUCCUAGGGUCAUUUUCUGCAUUCAUACUCUCCAUUGUUGGACCAGUCAUGGCAAAGAUCAUGAUCGAAGGACGCUGCGGGGCGUUCGAUGCUACAAUUGUUGUAGUUGGAACGGUGAUGGCGGUCUGGGGGACAGUGGCCGCUUUUAUGGCCUCAUGA